UCUCACUGCAUUAGUCAACUGCCUGACUACUCAAAACGAAAAUGGCUCCUGCAAGCAAAGCCAAUUAUAAAACCUACGAGGCCCAAGCCCGUAUGGUGCGAGCCAUUGUUGCCGCUCAUCCAGAUGUCAAGUGGAAUUACAAAGAAAUCGUCGCUUGCUAUGGAUCCGACAUGACUGAGCACGCGCUGAACCAUCGAUUCCGCCGCCUCAAAGCGCAAGUGGUCAUCGUUCGCGAAGGCCGCGGCAAGGGGCUUGACCCAAAGAAUAUCUGUGCAGACGGGGAUCUUCCGGCCACCAUAGACGCCGUGGAUACGAAGAAUAUUGCCAAGUACUUUGGCCAGUCCACCGCAGACGGCAUUCAGUUUCAGUUUCGUGGCAUCAAGAAAGACGCCGAUGUCCUUCGUAAAGUCGAGGGCGAAGGAGGCGAUGUUGCCAACUGCCUCAACCUGGGCUCAGGCGGCCCCAGCGUCACUUCGACUCCAUCUAAGCCAACUCCUGCUCGCAGCACGGGAAGCCGUACCGGCACUGGCACGGGUCGCAAGCGAGCUCGCAAGAUGGACGUGCUCGACAUCAUCAAACGAUCUUCAUCCGACGAAGAAGAUGACGACGUUGAGGACUGGAGCGGACAUGAG